AUGCAUCGUCUUUUUGCUGAGCUGGAGCCAUCUUUAACCGUCACAGAGCAAAACCUGGCAGACCGAGUUCGGUAUAUCUUGCGCUCAAAUAUAUUUGAUGUCGCCGAACUCGAACGGCUACGACGUGAGGCUGUUCCCUCAUCGGAUGAAAAUGCUACGGCUGAGGAUGCGGCGCCACAAAUUGUAGAGCAACCCGUGGAUGCCGGCGUGAAUACCCCAGUUGUGGUUGAUUCAAACGAUGAUGGAACAGUCGCCCAGGAACUGGAAUUAGAGCAUAUGAGGAGUACUUUGGAAGAGGCGAUUGUGGAAACGCGCAGUACGCCUCUCGAAAAUCGACCGCGACUUCCCCGCAUAGCCCUAAGCAAGCGGAAUCGGGCUGUCGUGAGGGCUCUGAACCCAAUGCUGGUGACCUAUUUGGAAGCCAGCCGGGACCUUUACGAGACGGACUCAAUUCUUUUUGGCGCCGCGCUGGCAGUCUGCCGUAUCAUAGGCGCCAAGGUUUCCACGGCUGGACGCGCUACUGGCCAAAGUAGCGCUAGCCCAGUAUGGAGAAGAAGAAUUGAGGAACGUAUCGCAAAGGCUAGAGCUCUCAUCGGGAGACUGAUAUGCUUCAGAUCAGGCAAUAACAGGCCGUUGUGCGCACCGUCAGGAUGGCGUUUGCUGGGACAAAUGUCAGUUUGUCCCAGCCGGAUAUAA